GUGAACAGGUGAGAGAGGGACACUGUCUGCCCCACUGUCCAGCGACACCAUGAGCUGGAGCUUCCUCACGCGGCUGCUGGAGGAGAUCCACAACCACUCCACCUUCGUGGGGAAGCUGUGGCUCACCGUGCUCAUCGUCUUCCGCAUCGUUCUGACCGCCGUCGGGGGAGAGUCCAUCUACUACGAUGAACAGAGCAAGUUUGUCUGCAACUCGGGCCAGCCGGGCUGCGAGAACGUCUGCUACGACGCCUUUGCCCCGCUGUCUCACGUCCGCUUCUGGGUUUUUCAGAUAAUCUUGGUGGCGAUGCCUUCUCUCAUGUACAUGGGCUAUGCUGUGAACAAAAUUGCACGAUUAGACGAAGCCAAAGGAGGAGCCGGUUCCGCCGCGGUCAGGUCUGCGGGAGGAGGGGGUUACACGCACAGGAAGCCCCGGAAAAUCUGCUUUGGAGCCCGACAGCACAGAGGCAUCGAGGAGACCGAGGAGGACCAGGAGGAUGAUCCCAUGAUCUACGAGGUGCCAGAGAUCGAGCCCCCAAAAAGGCCACGGGACCCACUGCAGCCGACGCCCAGACCCAAGAUCCGACACGACGGCCGUACGCGGAUCCGGGACGAGGGGCUGAUGCGGGUCUACGUUCUGCAGCUGGUGACUCGUACGGUGCUAGAGGCGGGUUUCCUGGCAGGCCAGUACUUGCUGUACGGUUUCCGUGUGACGCCGGUGUUCGUGUGCUCUUUGAAGCCUUGCCCCCACAGCGUGGACUGCUUCGUGUCGCGGCCCACCGAGAAAACCAUAUUCCUGCGCAUCAUGUAUGGCGUGACUGUUCUGUGCUUGACUCUCAACGUUUGGGAGAUGCUUCAUUUGGGCAUCGGCACCAUCUGUGACAUUCUUCGCCGUCGACGCUGCCCGCCCCAGGAGGACGAGUACCAGUUGGGCUUGCUGGGCAGCAACGGCAACGUGGAGGGCUCAGUAGGCGGGGCGGGGCCUGAGGCCGGCUCCGAGGGAGGAGUGGGUGGAGACGGCGCCGCCGAUUACGUUGGAUACCCCUUCUCGUGGAACACCCCGUCAGCUCCACCCGGCUACAACAUCGUGGUGAAGCCGGAACAGAUGCCCUACACGGACCUCAGCAAUGCCAAGAUGGCGUGCAAGCAAAACCGGGCAAACAUUGCCCAGGAGGAGCAGCAACAGUUUGGCAGCAACGAGGACAAUUUCCCGACUGGAGGGGAGGCCCGUGUGGCCCUGAACAAAGACAUGAUCCAGCAGGCUCACGAGCAACUGGAGGCAGCUAUCCAGGCCUACAGCCAGCAGCACCGGGCUGAGGAGCAGCUCGGGGACAACCAGGACGACAAGCCCCAGAGUAACAUUAUCCAGGCCCAGCCUCAGCCACAGCCGCAGCCUCACAAAGAGCGCAAACACAGGUUCAAGCACGGUAAGGGAGGCAGCAGCGGCGGAGGCAGUAGCAGCAACAGCAGCAGCAGUAAAUCAGGAGAGGGCAAGCCCUCCGUAUGGAUUUAACCCCGAACAAAGUGACGAAUCUCACAGACAUGUAUAUAUCACAGACUGGACGGUGAACUUUUGCAGUCUUUUCCGAACGUUGAAGCACCACUGUGCCUUAAAGAAUCCUGCAAGCUGGAGAAAAUGUGUAUUUGUGAACAAAGGUGUGCUUCUUUAAAGAAGAAGAAGAAGAAGAAGAAGAAACAGGUGAUGUUGCAGCUGACAAAGUGUUUUGUCUGGGCGAUCACUGUCUAACUUGAACCGUCACACCAGUACAACCUGUGUUAGGCUACAGUCUGUCGUUUACAUGUCUCCUUCCUUCCAAGUUGUCGGGCAGAUUAUUGACCUCUGUUGUCUUCCUGUUCCUCCUGUCUGAGGGAUUUCAGCUUUGGAAGAUUACAGAAUCAUAAUGAGCUCUCUAGGAAACUACGUCGAUCUCAGAUUAUGCUCAGCUCAUGUUCUGUCCACUUCUCUGCAAUGAGUUCAUCGGUAUCCUG